CAUCAACUACGGGACAACAGCUCUCUAUGGCUCUUUCAAAGUCGACAAAUCCGUACAACAGACAACACUGGGAGAAUGCGGAAUUCCCAAUUCUCUGUCAAACAUGUCUCGGCGAGAACCCGUAUAUUCGAAUGAUGAAGGAGAAAUACGGGAAAGAGUGUAAGAUAUGUGCGCGCCCAUUCACCGUCUUCCGCUGGUGUCCCGGCCCCAAAGCGCGUUACAAGAAAACGGAGAUAUGCCAGACGUGCGCCAAGAUCAAGAACGUUUGUCAGACUUGUCUGUUGGACUUGGAGUACGGUUUGCCUGUGCAAGUGCGGGAUACGGCUAUGAACCUUACGGAUCAGAUGCCAUCGUCGGAUGUGAACAAAGAGUAUUGGACUCAGAAUAUGGAGAGAAAACUGGCAGAGUCAGACGGAACACGACCAAUUGGUGAACUUGGGAAGGCACAACCACCAAGUGACUUGCUCGUUCGUAUGACUCGUUCUCAGCCAUACUAUAAGAGAAACAGACCGCAUAUCUGUUCGUUCUGGGUAAAGGGAGAGUGCAAGAGAGGAGAAGAGUGUCCCUACAGACAUGAGAUGCCCACGGAUCCUAAUGACCCUUUAGCCAACCAGAAUAUUGCAGAUCGUUAUCAUGGUGUGAACGAUCCGGUAGCAGAGAAGCUGCUCAAACGAGCGAAGGCUUUACCGACGUUGGACGCUCCUCAGGAUAAGACGGUAACGAGUUUGUUUGUUGGAGGCCUGACGGAUGGCAUCACAGAGAAAGAUCUGGCUGACAAUUUUUACCAGUAUGGGGAGAUCAGGUCAAUCACGGUGGUACCAAAACAGAACUGUGCGUUUGUCACAUUCACCACACGCCAAGCAGCCGAAGCCGCAGCUGAUGGCACAUUCAAUAAGUUAGUUAUCAAACAGCAGCGGCUCAAGAUUUUGUGGGGAAAGGCACAAGGUCAGGCGCCAGUCAGUGGAGAUGGAGCUGGAUCAAAUAAACUACCUCCUGUGGCCGGACUGCCUCCACCUUUGCCUCCACCUCCUAUGGCAUCAGGAGUCCCUCCUCCUCCACCACCUCCUUUUCCACCAGGAAUGCAGCCUCCACCUCCACAACCAAACAUGCCAGGACCAAAGGGUAUUCAUUAUCCAUCACAAGAUCCUCGUAGAAUGGGAACGUUUAGAGAAUCUACGUGAUUCCUUGAGAAACAGAAAGGUCUGUAGUAAAUUUCAAUGUAAUAGUGAAUACUAGAAAAAGAU